AUGGAAAGGUCUGUAUUGCACUACAAGGAGUUUAGCCUAAAUUUGGCGGGCAUAGCAUUGGAUGCUUGGCAUGGAAUUCCUGCAAAAGUGGCAUUUUCCGGGAAAGACCUGGUUGGGGACAAGUUAUGCAAGGCCGAAGACCCCUUCUACCAAUUUUGUGAAAAUACAGCUAGUUACGGAGGCAAUACCACUUUCCAAUCGAACUUGGAAGAAGUCUUCUCUAUUCUAACUGCAAAUGCUGGUACAUCGCCCUUCCUUUAUAGGGAGAAAGGUGAAGAGCCAGAUAUUGCCCAUGCCCUCUACCUUUGCAGGGGAGACGUUACUGGGGAAGUUUGCAAGAAGUGCAUCCAUGAGGCCAGUCAAGAAAUCACACGAAGGUGCCCUAACAGGACAUCUAUUAUAUGGUACGAUUCAUGUAUGUUACACUACUCAGAAAAGAGGAUCUACUCAGUUUACGAUCCGACAGAUAAAUCAUUAAAAGGAUUUAACACGUCGAAUACAGAAAACGUUACAGACCCAAAUGGGUUCAAUCUGGUCUUGGAUGGUUUAAUGGCUAAGCUUGUGAGAGAUGCAACCGAAAUCCCUUGGAGGCCUAUGUUCGCGACUGGGGAAGUGAAUUUUACAAGCUUUCAGACGAUAUAUGGGCUUGUACAGUGCAGCCAGCAUUUGGCGAGAGAUGACUGCAAAAAUUGCUUACAACAUGCUCUCUCUGAGAUUCCGUCAUGCUGCAAUGGGAAGCAAGGUGGAAGACUUUUAGGAGCAAGUUGUAAUUUGAGAUACGACGUCCAGCGUUUCUACGCAGCUGAUGCAGCACUGCCUCCACGGCCUUCUUCCACAACUACUACAACAGGCAAAGAUUGGAUGUUACCAUGCAUGACAUGUGAUGGCCCACCAAAUCAACAGUUCCCUGAUAUUGGAAGGCUCAGGGUAAUUGUGUAUGGAUGGUCGUCUUUGAUGCCAGAGGACUGUGAUGGUGGUUUCAUGAAGAGUAGCUACCAUGGUGUCCAACGUGAAGAAUCUCCUAGUGGGGUGAUUCUCAUCUCAACAUAG